AAUUGUGUCGAUUUCUGGCAAAUGUGAUUUUAAAGUGCUUUUUUCUGUACUUUGACGAAAAUCUUUAACAACUAUGGACGCGCCGGAAGAAAGUCACCAUAUGAAGGCACUCAUGAUACAGCUGAGUGUGAGGUUUAUUAGGAGACAUCAAGUAAAUCAGUCAGUAAUUCAGAGAAGCUUGGUUUUGGAAAGCAUCCAUUGACACCACAGUAAUCUCGUGCAAUGUCAUGGCUUCUGACGAACUGCAAGAAAAAGCAAAUUUUGCAAGACUCAGUAGACUUUUAGUUGAAAAAGGAACUGAGGCUUUGAGAAAUACAUUUGAUACCAUCCAUCCACCUGUUAGUCUACCCAGAGUACUGGCUACAAACAAAACAUCUCUUCAAAAGUUAAAACCUCGAAUUAUUAAUAAUUCUCAGUGGGAUUUACUGUUCCCUCCGUCUGGCAACCCUCCAGAUUCCAAAACCUUUAAUAUCACAUUACUUACAGUUCUAUUCCGGAACAUUUGUGGUUUUCCAUCAACAGGAUGGGGUGUAAUGCCUCCGGAUUGUGAUAGAUCAACGCAGGCGAAUAUCACAAGAAUCAAGUUUUACAGAAAUAAAGUUAUUGCACAAGUAACAACAACCAGAGUUGACAAUUCAACAUUUCAAUCUUUAUGGAAAAAAAUUGGCCAGGCAUUGGUAGAAUUGGGCGUUUCACAAAGUGAUGUCGACGAUUUAGAAAAAUGUCCGUUAGAACCCAAAAAAUUAGAAUGUUCCAGUAAUUCACAAAGAGAAUAUGAUGAAAAAAAUGUAACCUCGUGCAAUGUCAUGGCUUUUUACGAACUGCAAGAAAAAGCAAAUUUUGCAAGACUCAGUAGACUUUUAGUUGACAAAGGAACUGAGGCUUUGAGAAAUACAUUUGAUACCAUCCAUCCACCUGUUAGUCUACCUGGAGUACUGGCUGCAAACAAAACAUCUCUUCAAAAGUUAAAACCUCGAAUUAUUAAUAAUUCUCAGUGGGAUUUACUGUUUCCUCCGUCUGGCAACCCUCCAGAUUCCAAAACCUUUAAUAUCACAUUACUUACAGUUCUAAUCCGGAACAUUUGUGGUUUUCCAUCAACAGGAUGGAGUGUAAUGCCUCCGGAUUGGGAUAGGUCAACGCAAGCAAAUAUCACAAGAAUCAAGUGUUACAGAAAUGAAGUUAUUGCACAAGUAACAACAACCAGAGUUGACAAUUCAACAUUUCAAUCUUUAUGGAAAAAAAUUGGCCAGGCAUUGGUAGAAUUGGGCACCCCACAGAGUGAUGUCGACGAUUUAGAAAAAUGUCCGCUAGAACCUGAAAAAUUAGAAUGUUCCAGUGAUUCACAACGAGAAUAUGAUGAAAAAAAUGUAACUUCGUGCAAUGCCAUGGCUUCUGACGAGCUGCAAGAAAAAGCAAAUUUUACAAGACUUAGUAGACUUUUGGUUGCCAAAGGAACUGAGGCUUUGAGAAAUAAAUUUGAUACCAUCCAUCCACCUGUUAGUCUACCCAGAGUACUGGCUGCAAACAAAACAUCUCUUCAAAAGUUAAAACCUCGAGUUAUUAAUAAUUCCCAGUGGGAUUUACUGUUUCCUCCGUCUGGCAACCCUCCAGAUUCCAAAACCUUUGAUGUCACAUUACUUACAGUUCUAUUCCGGAACAUUUGUGGUUUUCCAUCAACAGUAUGGGAUCUGAUGCCUCCGGAUUGGGAUAAGUCAACUCAAGCGAAUAUCACAAGAAUCAAGUGUUACAGAAAUAAUAUUUAUGCACAUGUAACAACAACUCGAGUUGAUAAUUCAACAUUUGAGUCUUUAUGGAAGAAAAUUUCCCAGGUGAUAGUCGAAUUGGGCGUUUCACAGAGUGAUGUCGACGAUUUAGAAAAAUGUUCUCUUGGGCCUGAAGAAGAAGUGUAUGUGCAAAAGCUUAAAGAUUGGAAACUGCACAAAGAUGAGUGUAUUAAAAUGCUUGCAACAAUGACACAAAUCGCUGAAGAAAACCGCGACGAGAUAAAUAAAACUUGCCACUCUUCGACCAAGCGUAAGCUAUCAAUACCCGGGGAUAGCAAUCCUGAGAAAAAAUCCCGCAUGGAAAGUGAUUAAGAUUUAUUGCAAACACUCGCUAAGCAUAAUUUUAAUGGUAAAAUUAAAAGAAAAGUUAAUUUUUUCCUUCCUGGAGCAAGGAAGUUGUUGUUAAGGGAAAUUAACGAGUGGUUUUAUGGAAGUGACAGCCAUUGAAGAAUAAAAUUAAUAACAGCUGGACCAGGAUUUGGUAAAAGCGUAUUUGCCGCUAAAAUCUGUGAAGAUUUUGAGAAGAAUGGAAAGCUGGCUGCUUUUCACUUUUGUGAUUUCAGCAAUUUAAACCUAAGAGAUCCUAUGAUGAUGCUGAGCGACCCUGACUUUAAAAAUGAGCUCCUUGAUCAGUUAAAGCGACCUCAUCUAGUCCAAAACCUGAAAGAUGCAUUUCUAAUAUAUCUGCAAAAUCCCGUAGAUGAUCGAUGGCUUGGAUGAAUGUGCUGCUGAUAGUCUACAAAUCUACACAAAACUGUAAUUUUCUAACGUGUUGGGUUUCUCCGCAGGUUUUUUUUACCAAUUAAAUGAGAAUAUCUUUGUUUUUAAAAAUAACUGAAUGAAAUCGUUCACACUAGGACGAAAAACAAGAGCAGAAGACUUAGUUGAUAAAGACUUUGUUGUGAACGACAGAUGUUUUGAAACUGAGAUUUUGGUUAGGAUAUUUUAUAAUGGAUUUAGUGAACAAUAACAUGAAAAACUAUCAUCAUGAACAUUGUUUUGGGGAAGCGGCUAAACUUUGCUUGGAGCUGGUCUAGAAUGGAGAAGUAAGACACCUCCUUCCCUCCGUUUGUUUGGGAGUUCACCUUGGGCAAGUGAUAGCACUCCCUUUCCUCCCUAACUGGGGUUACAGUUUGUUAAACAAAACAAAGAUGACAUCUUAAAUACAUCUGCAAGAAACAAGCCCUAAAAAACUGUGACCAAUGCUAGUUGUAUGAUGGUGUUGUUUAAGAUGUUUAUUAUGGUAGUUACAGUCAUGUUGGUGGUGAUAGUUCUCAUCUGUGUUGUUAGUGAUGGUGCUGGUCUCUAAGAUGGUGCUGAUGGUAAUUGCGCUGGUUAUGAAACAAUGCUAUUAAUUAUAGUAAUUAAUAGUAACUGUAUUAUGGUCAAAACGUCUGAUGCUUAUGAAAAAGAAAGAUGUCGUAACUACAAGAACUAUGUACAUUGCAGGGACGUUUUAUUACCUGCAUGGAAAGGAAGAUAUUUAAAGUUUGUAGCGGGAACUGGAAAAUUGUAAAAACUUGCGUGAAAUGCGAAUAAUAUUAUGAUCAGAGACAUCUGAUGUUCAUGAAAAAGAAGGUCACGAAACAAUACAACAAUUAUGUCUUAGGCGUGUUUCAAAGGUCGUUUUUUUAUCUUUAAUGCGUUCGACAUUGCGAAUUUAGAAACCCUACAGAUGGUCGUUAUCAUAAUUUAAUAUACUGAAGCUUAGAUUUUUAUUCAACACUAUAGGUGGCUUAUUUGUAAACAAACUAACAUCAAGUGGUAAAUUAGGAUUUUAUGACUUCGAACGUGCCUGGUCCACAAAAGUACAAAUGACAAGAAUAUUGCUUAGUAUUUAAAUAUUUGCCUACUGCCAGCAUGUAAUUUGUAUAGAUUUGU